GCCCUGCCUCCCUCCUCUGCCCACGCUCCGCUCCCUCGGAUCUGCCUGGCUACAGGCGCUGUCCAUACUGCUGGGGGUGCUGAAAUUAGACGACGCUCAGGCGAGUCGCCGUAUGCCAAUGCGCGAGUCUUUAGACUCAAGUGGGGAACCCGGGCUUUCUGUUUAAAGACAACAACAACAACAAACCGAUAGCAGAAAACGGGGCAGGUGACUCUCUCCUUUUGUUUAAAUUUUUUUUUGUAAAGGAAAGCAGUAGACUUUGAGUGGUGCUUCCCCCCCCCAACCCCUCCAUUAAAUACUGCCGCUGCCAAAUCCAUUCGAAGGAAUGUCCACCGACUAUUAAGACGCGAGAGCAAUUUAGCGUGAAUACCCCCCCCCCCGCCCACACACACCCAUUACCGGUCGGAACGCGUUGCACUUUCGCAUUGAGACGACGCUUCCGUGGCGUGCGCGCAGGCGUGUCGUGUUCAUUUCGUCCGACGCGAAUAGACGGACACACAUAGAGAGGGAGAGAGAGAGAGAGGAUUUGAGAAUAAUCGCGCUACAGGUUUGCGACGAUCUGCUGUCACCUGCGAGACAAUGUUCGCGCUUCUUUGUAGCGGUUGCGCGACGUCUUCCGUGAAUUAAAUCAUCCUCCCGAGCUUGCAGCCGCGUUCUCCGAGCUAGCCCGGCAAACUCGAUCGACGAUGGAAGCGUUCAAGGAGCGCGUGUUCGUUCCCGGCAAGGAGAAGCUCAAGGAAGCGGCGGGGAAAUCUCUUCGGCUCCUCCACAGGCGCAUGUCCAAGCAAGAGGGUGAGAUCGAACUGACCGAGGAUGGGCGGCCCGUGCAAGUGAAGCCUCCCAAGGAGCCCCUCUGCGAGUGCCGCUGUUUCGGAAUGCCCAAGCGUUACGUCAUCGCCGUGAUGAGUGGCCUGGGCUUCUGCAUCUCCUUUGGGAUCCGUUGCAACCUCGGCGUGGCCGUGGUGGACAUGGUCAACAACAGCUCGUACCACUCGGGAGAUAAGCUCAUCAUGCAGAAAGCGGAAUUCAACUGGGACUCUGGGACUGUGGGGAUGAUCCACGGAUCGUUCUUCUGGGGCUACAUCGUCACACAAAUCCCAGGAGGGUUCAUCUCCAACAAAUUCGCUGCCAAUCGAGUAUUUGGCCUUGCCAUCGUCCUAACGUCCACACUGAACAUGUUCAUCCCGACAGCGGCGCGGGUGCACUAUGGCCUCGUUAUCUUCGUGCGUAUCUUGCAGGGACUCGUCGAGGGGGUCACGUACCCGGCUUGCCACGGAAUCUGGGCCAAGUGGGCCCCGCCGUUAGAACGCAGUCGCCUGGCCACCACGGCCUUCUGUGGUUCCUAUGCAGGAGCCGUGGUGGCAAUGCCCUUGGCCGGGAUAUUGGUGCAGUAUGCAGGGUGGUCGUCAGUGUUUUAUGUGUACGGAUCGUUCGGCCUUUUCUGGUACAUAUUCUGGUUGUGCAUUGCCUACGAGAGCCCGGCCAAACAUCCCACCAUCUCGGACGAAGAGAAGACCUACAUCGAGGAGAGCAUCGGUGAAUCGUACGGGAUUUUGGGAUCGACGCAGAAAUUCAAGACUCCCUGGAAGAAAUUCUUCACCUCCAUGCCGGUCUACGCCAUCAUCGUGGCCAACUUCUGCCGGAGCUGGACCUUCUACCUGCUUCUCAUCUCACAGCCCGCCUACUUCGAGGAGGUGUUUGGCUUUGAGAUCAGCAAGGUGGGCAUCAUCUCGGCUCUUCCCCAUCUGGUGAUGACGAUUGUGGUGCCCAUUGGAGGACAACUGGCCGACUUCUUCCGCAGCAAGAAGAUCAUGUCCACCACCACCGUGCGGAAGAUGAUGAAUUGUGGAGGCUUCGGCAUGGAAGCCACUCUGCUGCUCGUGGUCGGCUUCUCGCACGGCAAGGGCAUCGCCAUCACGUUCCUCGUCCUCGCCGUCGGCUUCAGCGGCUUCGCCAUCUCAGGCUUCAACGUCAACCACUUGGACAUCGCCCCUCGCUAUGCAAGUAUCCUCAUGGGCAUCUCCAACGGCGUGGGGACCCUGUCGGGAAUGGUGUGCCCUCUCAUCGUGGGCGCCAUGACAAAGGGCAAGACUCGCGAGGAGUGGCAGAACGUCUUCCUCAUCGCGGCGCUGGUGCACUACGGCGGCGUCAUCUUCUACGGCUUGUUCGCCUCCGGCGAAAAGCAGCCGUGGGCCGACCCCGAGGAGACAAGCGACGAGAAGUGCGGCUUCAUCAACGAGGACGAGCUCGGCGGGGACGACUUCGCGGAGGGCGAGGCCGAGACGGCGCUGGGCGAUGGUGGCGUCGCCGGCGCCGGCGGCGGUGGCGGCCUUGCCGGGGCCUCGGGUGGGAAGUCGUACGGCGCGACAGCGCAAAGCAAAGGGAGCUGGCCCAACGGCUACCAGAGCAAGGAUGCGCCGGGCCAGGGGGGAGACAGGGAAAGCUACGUGUACGCCGAUCCCGGCGAGAGGGACUCCUCCUGAAGCGCUCGCCCUCUUUACAUUUUCUCCUCCUCGUCCUAUUCCACUGCCCGCUCCCCCCCCCCCCGACCCACCACGGUCGCACCCUCUUCGCUCCAUCUUUGUCGCAGUGGCGUUUUUCAGGGCGACGGGUUCAGGUCGCCGAGUCGUCCCUACGAGGUACGAGGCGUGACGGCCCCCCCGCGGUCAACGCGAGGCGACCGAACGCGUCCCCACGGCCCCCUACGGCCUCCCCCCACAUACCCCCCCCCGCCCCCCGUGUGAUGCUGGCGGCCGGACGUCUCGGCGAUUUGAGGGUCAAACCUCGGCGAGUUGAUCGGAAAGCUAAAGUGUCGAUGAUGAGGCCAGAUUGCGCCAAUCGUCACCCGAGGAGAUGCAUCGGCCUUGGGGAUUCACCACGUUGUUGGUCGGCACGUAACGAUUCAUCCGGAUUAAUUUCAUGGCCCGCGGUCGUGAUUUAAUUCUAAAGUAACAAAAAAAAUGUUGCUUGUGGUCACUGCGAGCUGACUGCAGUGUUUGUGAAUUGAAAAUAAUCGAUGCGCACGUGCACAAUUAUGGCGCGGAUAUCUAAGGCAUGAGAAUAGAUUUUAAUUGAUGAAUCGAGGCAUCUUUGCACACCUCACCGUUGGCAAAAUAUUUGCAAAAUCGUCGAACAAAAACCACUUGAAUUGAACCUUAGGUUUUUUUUCCCAAUGAAUCAAGAAUGAUAGCUCUCCAAUUAGUUUUCCGGUUGUACCGCACGUUCAGAAUUCAUGAUCGACGUUUCACUCCACACGCUGGCACCCUUUUUCAGGAAGUGAGUGCAGGGGACUCCCAGCACGAGGAGCGAAACGUCGGAGAUCUUGCCUAGCGGCACGCGGCACGACCCGAAAACGCAGCCGACAACCGUACGAUGGCACAACCGCGGAUAAACCUGCAGAGAGACUCGAUAGAUAUUAACACUCACCCCACACAACGUUAUUCCGGAUUAAAGUAAAAUCAAAUUCAAGAAGAAAAUAGAUCAAAACAGCAUCUUCGCCGGGCAUUAACGGUUAAGGCUGUCAUUCUGUGCUGUAGGGGCUGACAGUAUUGAACUCCACUUGCUGGACACAUUGGUGGUGUGUGUGCAUUUCCAUGGACCAUCUUGCUUGAAAUAUUUUUACGGUUAGGAUCAUU